AUGAUACCAUUAUUAAUAUCAACAAUAUCAAUGAAUGUUUUACGUUAUGUUGAUACAAGUGAUGAUAAUGGUCAAGAAGAAACAUCAGUUAUUGAAUGGGAUCAUAAGCAACCAAUUCGUUUUGCAAACUAUUUAUCAACAUUUGCCGAGAGACUUGAACUUGGUGAAUAUAUUCCUGAUGUUAAUGAUCAAGAAAAAACACGUGGUCUUAUUCUUAAAAAAUAA